AUGGAGAAAGACAUCAGCAAGAUCAAUCUUACACGUCAUUCGAUAUACUACGAUCCAAAAGUUCACCAAGGCAAUGAUGCCAACCCACAAUCGACGGCCGACUCGCUGCCAGACCACGUCGAUGCAGUGCGUGCUGGACUGUUGUGCAUGCAGAAGAUCAUACCGGAGGACUGCUGGGAUGCGACCCUGCAAAAGGAGCUGUCCCAAUAUGGGAGUGCGGAUAUCGGCCCCGAGUGGUGUCUUCAUCCUCCCGAGUCUGCCAAGCAUCAUGGACGCUUGCGACAGCAAUCCCCUUUGCGCGACAAUCUUGAGUUCUGCAAAAGUGUCGUAGAAGUUGCGGACCGGAUACAGGAUGACUCGGAAGACGAAUGGACUUUGUUCUGGAGGACUAAGAUUUUCAGAUUGUUCAGUGAUGACAGGCUUCUGGAUUCCGGUUUCGAAAAGUUCUAG